AACGGUCAAAUAAUCCUCAAGAAAUACUCGCUUCUUCUUCUUCCUCCUCAAGUGUCCCCAAUUCUUUCCCUAAACCCUAAAUUUCUCGUAGAAGAAGAUCGAUUCGCUCUGAAAAUGACUUCAAUUGAGGCAACAGAAACGCUUAACGCUCCUCCAAAGCUUCAGAUCUGGAACAACGCUGCCUUCGACGAUGGAGAUUCUCAAAUUACUUCCGCCAUUGAAGCUUCUUGGUCUCACCUCAACGAAUCAUUCGAUUCCGAUUGUAGCAAGGAGAAUCAGUUUCCGAUUUCGGUUUCCUCUUCGCUACGAUCCUCAGUCUCGAUCACCGAAGCUCCGUCAUCAAAAUCCAAGAUCGGGAAGACCAAAUCCUGCGCAGAUCGGAGUAAAAAGCGUGAUGAAAGAGAUAUCGAUGCAGAGAUCGAAGAAGUAGAGAAGGAGAUCGCACGGUUAUCGACGAGAUUGGAGUCGCUCCGAUUAGAGAAGGCUGAGCACACCGCAAGAAGUAUCGCUAUACGUGGAAGAAUUGUUCCUGCGAAGUUCAUGGAAUCUCAGAAACAAGUGAAAUUCGAUGAUUCGUCUUUCACAGGAUCUAAAUCAAGAGCCACUCGUAGAGGCGUUAGUCUUGGACCGGCGGAGAUAUUCAAUUCGGCAAAGAAAUCGGAAACUGUGACUCCUCUUCAAUCAGCUCAGAAUCGACGCAAGUCUUGUUUCUUUAAGCUUCCUGGAAUCGAAGAAGGUAAAGUGGCUACAAGAGGUAAAGGAAGAACGAGUUUGAGUCUGAGUCCGAGAUCUCGUAAAGCGAAAAUGACGGCGGCUCAGAAGCAAGCAGCUACGACGGUGGGGUCUACGAGAGCGGUGAAGAAAGAAGAAGGAGUUCUCUUAUCAAUCCAGCCUAAGAGGCUCUUCAAAGAAGAUGAAAAGAAUGUUUCUUUAAGGAAACCAUUGAAACCAGGAAGAGUUGUGGCUAGUAGGUACAGUCAAAUGGGAAAAACGCAGACUGGAGAGAAAGAUGUAAGGAAAAGGUCGUUGCCUGAGAAUGAAGAGAAAGAGAAUAAUCAUAGGUCGGAGAAGAGAAGAGCUUCUGAUGAAAAUAGUAACAAGAGUGAAGGGAGAGUGAAGAAGAGAUGGGAGAUUCCAAGUGAAGUUGAUCUGUAUAGCAGUGGUGUGAAUGAUGACGAGUCUCCUAUAGGCAAGGAGCUUCCUAAGAUCAGAACGCUUCGUCGUGUGGGAGGGAGCCCUCGUGAUUCAGGUGCUGCAAAGAGAGUUGCGGAAUUACAAGCCAAGGAUCGUAAUUUCACUUUUUGCCAGCUUCUGAGGUUUGAAGAAUGAAUGAUCUGGUUAUCAUCAAUUUGAGUAAAAACCUCAACUCUUGUUGUGGUGACUUGAUUGUGAAUUUGGUUGGUUUUGAUUUUGUUUUUCGGCUUGCAUCUAGACUGUAGAGCAAGAAUAUUUGUUGGAAUGCUUAAUUGUCUUGUCUUAAUACACAUUAAGAUUGUGA